GAAUAGCUCUCAGAUCAGGCUUUGUGCAGCAUGAUUGUCACUCACUUAAUGAGCUCCUUUGCCAAGGGAGAGGCUCUGGCAGCAUACGCUUUCCCUGUGCCUCCUAUCUCGUGGCCGCCUACAGAGCACUUUGUCAGUUUCUCGUAUCACGCAUUCUUGCUGCAUUCUGUUUCCAGUCUGUUGUAAUGUGUAUCCGUCAAAGGGGUUAGCCAGAGGCAGAAGGAAAGAAGAGAAUGGAGCAAGGACUCAGUCAGGGGACCUGUCCAUCUCUGUCGCCUGCAGUGCAUUUUACUGCGGUCAUCAGGUUAUUCAUCAUCCUGUCACAGAGGAGCUUAGGUCAUGACUCUCCAGUACUUAUUGGAGUAAGAUGUACUAAAAUCUGGCCCACACACCAGUCUUUUCUUCUUCCACUGCUCAACUCUGAGGGUGUAACCAGUGAUGCGAUUACUGUGGAGACUGGGCGUUGCCCUGCUACUGGCGGCAUUCCUCAAUACCAGGCAUCUCAUAAACACUCUGGACAUUCCAUUAGAGAUUGAGCAGCCGCCAACGAUAACAGAGCAGUCACCAGCCACUCUUAUCGCUUUGUCCUUUGAUGAGAGCUUUGCAGUGAAGUGUGAAGCCAAAGGCAAUCCUGAUCCAGAAUUCAAAUGGACAAAGAAUGGGCAAGAUUUUGAUCCAUAUCAGGACCCCAUGUUGAUCACUAAUGAAGACUCUGGAACAUUCAUCAUCUCAAACAACGGGAACCUCACUGAAUACCAAGGGACUUAUCGCUGUUAUGCCUAUAACAAGCUUGGAACUGCCAUGUCAGAGGAAAUUGAAUUCAUCAUUCCGAAUGUUCCGAAGUUUCCAAAAGAGAAAAUUGAUCCGAUUAAGGUAGAAGAGGGACAACCAUUUAUUUUGGAAUGCAAACCGCCUAAAGGAAUUCCUCCACUGGAAAUCUACUGGAUGACCAUAAGUAUGAAGCAGAUAGAGCAAGACGAUAGAGUGACUAUGGGGCUGAAUGGGAACCUCUAUUUCUCCAACGCCAUUCAGACAGACAGCCGGAGAGAUUACUGCUGCUAUGCAUCCUUCCCAAGAAUACGUACCAUCGUCCAGAAAACUGCCAUGUCUGUUAUUGUCAGCAACUCAAAGUCAAUGAGUCAAUCUGGUAGUGGAAGGGGAACAGCUAACGCCAUUCUGGAAAGGAAGCCCAGUCUUCUGUCUCCCUCUGGUGGUCAAACAUUCACUCAUAUUGUAAAAGGGGAGGAACUGAUAUUAGAAUGCAUUGCUGAAGGCUUCCCAACUCCAAUGGUUGAGUGGAUAAAGAUAGGAGACCAACUUCCUGACCGAGCUGUGUUAAAGAAUUUUGGGAAGCACCUGACCAUAGAGGAAGUGAUAGAAGAUGAUGAAGGGAAAUACAUGUGCAAGGCCUAUAAUGCCCAUGGAACAGCUAUACAUUACUUUCAUGUAGCUGUGGAGGAGCCUCCUAAGUGGAAUAUUGAACCCAAGGGUCAGUUGAAUGUCAUUGGAGCUGAUGUUGUCAUCAGAUGUGCUGCAUAUGGCAACCCAGUUCCCACUGUGUCAUGGAUGGUGAAUGGGCGCCCUCUUAGUGAGGUUCCAGCAACCAACAGAAAAGUGUAUGAUGACACCAUCAUGAUCCACAACGCCAGCCCCAGUGACAGCGCAGUUUAUCAGUGUGAAGCUUCCAACAGACACGGAACGCUACUGGCCAAUGCUAACAUCAUGAUCAUGAACCUGAGACCACUGAUCUUGACAGAAGAUAAUCUUCAGUAUUCAGCUGUGGUGGGAAAGCGAGUGAUCAUGCACUGCAGGGUGUUCAGCUCACCACCCUCAGCUAUUAUCUGGAGCAAGGAUGACAGUGCUAAUGCCCUUGAGGGAACAAGGUUCUCCAUACAUGCAAAUGGGUCACUGGAGAUCCACAGCGUGAAUGAGGAGGAUGAUGGCGAGUACACAUGUGUCACUGAAAACUCUGAAGGCAAAUUGGCCAUCACUGCCAUGCUGGAAGUUAAAGCUCCCACUAAGAUUGUGAAUUCUCCUCGGGACCAGCGUGUUUUGGUAGGAACCACAGUUCAGUUCUCAUGUCAGGCUGAAGUUGAUCCAUCCUUCAGUGAGGAUUAUGAGAUGAUCUGGAAGAAAGACGGCAUCACUCUCAAUGACAGUGAAAGCACUGGCUAUUUUAUUGAUGGAGAGAUGCUGCAGAUUGUCAAUGUGAGCUUCAGUGACCAGGGUAUAUAUAUGUGUGUGGCCAAAAGUCCAGUAGAUCAGGACAGAGCCAUGGCCCUGCUUGCAGUACUGGAUGUACCGGACGCCCCACAAGGUCUGGUUCUCGCUGAACGCAAAAACAGGACAGUGAAACUUAAAUGGAUCCCUGGAGAUGAUCAUAACAGCACUACCACAGAGUUCAUCAUUGAAUAUGAGGAGAACCAGUGGGAGCCUGGCAGGUGGAAGGAGCUGGUGCGAGUGCCUGGAAAUCACCACUCAGCUCUGCUGAAGCUCCACGGGCAUGCAGACUACAGCUUCCGUGUCUCAGCAGUGAAUGAGGUGGGAAGAGGACAACCUAGUAGAGCCAGCGACAGAUAUAAAACCCCAGCCUCAGCACCUGACAAGAACCCUGAAAACAUCAAAAUAGAAGCUCAUUUGCCACACGAAAUGGAUAUCAACUGGAAGCCCUUGUCCCCUAUGGAACACAAUGGGCCCGGUUUGGAGUACAAAGUGAGCUACCGGCGACAGGAUGUGGAAGAGGAGUGGCAGGAGCAAAUCGUAAAGAGGCACUCGUUCGUGGUGAAAAACACGCCAACAUUUGUCCCUUACGAAAUUAAGAUCCAAGCCAAGAACCAUGCUGGCUGGGCUCCUGAACCUGAAACCAUAGUCGCCUCUUCAGGGGAAGACUUCCCAUCAGCAGCACCAGAGGACGUAGCGGUGGAGACGAUGAACAACACAGUAGUGAAGGUCAGCUGGAAGCGCGUUCACAAGGACAAAUUGCAUGGACAUCUGGGAGGCUACAAGGUUCAGUGGUGGCGUCUACGCAGUCUCUUGAGCUUGAGGAAAAUACAUGGUGAUAAACAUACACUCAUGUUUCCCGGGGACAGAAAUCAUGCCCUAAUCCCUGCACUCCGACCAUACUCUGAAUACAGUCUCAUUGUCAUGGUCUACAAUGGAAGAGGCAGUGGACCAGGAAGCCACCCAGUCACUUUUAAAACUCCAGAGGGAGUUCCAGAUCAGCCUGCGCUUUUCAGGGCUACAGAUGUUCAGAAGCAUGCUCUCACACUUAGCUGGUCUCCUCCAGUGGAGGCUAAUGGAGUUCUUACCAGCUGUGUCCUGCAGUACCAGCUAAUUAACAACACAGAGGAAGUGGGACCCCUCCUAACUGUGAACAUCACCAACCCAGAUACAAAUAAAUGGCACCUCAGGGACCUGGAGCCAGUUAGCCGCUAUCGGUUCUACCUGUAUUACUGCACACAAAUGGGCUGUGGCCCUCCAGCUAGUGAGGAGUACACAACCAUCCCAGAAGCACGACAGUCCAGAACUCAUUCAACUCCAAGAAAACCUACUGUCUCCCCUGUGGCUAAAGCCACACUUUCUUCUAUAGCAUCCACUGUGUUGAACAUUAGCACUUCAGUUAGCGACAACUUUGCAAAUAUCAGCUGGAUUCUGGGGAAGGAACAAAUGGAUUCAGAAUUAUAUGUUGCAUAUAUGAAAAACCGUGAAGGUAACUGGAAGAUAUCUGAGGCCGUUAACUCCUCUAAGACUUUCCUGGUCAUUAAGGAGCUGGAGCCUGGGACAGAAUAUACAGUACGCAUUAUGGCUAAAAGCUGGCAUGAUAGUUCUAGCAUUUUUGAAGAUGUUAUCAGGACCAGGGCCAAAGAUUUGGCCAGCAUUCACAGUGGAAUUUCAAAUCAGGGCUGGUUUAUUGGUCUGAUGUGUGCUGUGGCUUUACUCACACUCAUCGUGCUCAUCGCCUGCUUUGUAAAUAGGAACAAAGGAGGGAAGUACUCGGUGAAAGAAAAGGAAGACCUCCAUCCAGACUUGGAGUCUCAAGGCAUUAAUGACGACACUUUCUGUGAAUACAGUGAUAAUGAUGAGAAGCCUCUGAAAGGCAGCCAACACUCACUGUCUGGAGACCUGAAGCGAGGGGACAGUGGGGACAGCAUAGUGGACUAUGGUGAUGAGGAUGCUCAGUUUAACGAGGAUGGAUCCUUUAUUGGAGAAUAUGCUGGACAGAAGGAAAAGGCAUCCAUGGAAAUCAAAGGAACCUCUCAAAGCAAAGCAUGAAAGGACAAAUCCUGUUUGCUGUUGCUUACAGAUAUUUGGCACAGGGACAAAAAGGGAAAAAAAUGACAUAAUCCCCUCAAAUAUGUCCUUUGUUAAAAAAACAAAAAAAAAACAAAACAGUAAUUCAUGUGUUUAUUGUCAAUCAUGUUCUCAUGCUUAUGUUAUUUUCUAAGGCUUAGUUUCAAACAAAUUGUAACAGAUCUUUCAGUCAUUUUCAGCUGUAUAUAGAUGUCUGAUGGCAUUCUUUUUAUAUUUUUUGAAAUGAUGUCAAAACUGCCAGGAACUUUUCUUUCUUUCUGUCAUUCUUUUUUUGUCUUGUCAAUCCUAAUGUAAAAUAUGAGGGGGGAUGUCUUAAUUUGUUAUGCACUGUGAGGUCUCUGUGGUCUCUCCCAUUGUCUUCAUGUAGUCCAGCAUAUUUUCUCUUAGAAUAUGAUUUUUUCAUUUUAUUUACUUCUAGGCAAAUAUUAUUGACAUUUUAUAUUCAGAUCUGCAUUCAUUAAAUGUAAUUAAAUAUGUGUACAAAAAGCUGUUAAAUUAAAUUAUUUCCCAUUUUAAAAGUAUACAGGCUACAAGAUGAAUACAUGAGGAUUAUAUAAGCAACUUCUCAUUACUAGUCAUUGAGUCUGUAAAAAUAUCCAGUAUUCAAGCUACACUAACCAUUAGCCAUAUACAGUGCAAUCAUUGUUAUGUUGUGUUUGCUUCUAUUAACUCAUUGUAGUUUAAGCAAUAUACAGUACCAUCAUGAUAUGUGAAAUAUAUAUAGUAAAAAAAAAAGACUUGUGUUAUCACCUUUAAAAUGUUUUCAGCCUUGCAUUUAGUACUGUUAUAUCUCAAGGGCUAUACACAAAGGCAAAAAAUUCACACAUAUGCACUCUCUUAGUAAAAGAUGUGGCUCCCUUUCACCAGGUCUUAAUCUAAGGUGUAAUCUCAGCUGAAAUUUUUGACCCAAAAGACAUUCAGCUUGUUUUGAUGGUUGAGGUUCUAUGACCAUAACACAAUGAUCAAUACCAUCAUGGUGAGUCUUUAGUACUGGUAAACAUUCCAAUUGUAAACAUGAUGUUUAACUAGGCCACAUGCAUAACUGUUUAAACCUAGCAUAAUAGAGUGUAGAAUGGUAUUUGAAAUGUUAAGUUAAAUUUGAAUGGCAUCAGGCAGCUUCUCUGUACAAACAUGGUUGUGUUUGCAUGUUUAUGGAUGGUCAAUGAUGUUUUGCACAGAUUUGACAUUAAAUUUUAUUACUUGUCUU